AUGGACGAAUCGGCGAAGCUCAUCAAGAGCUUGGUCAACGGCCUUAAGGCUAUCAACAAAGUCCAGGCCCAGCAAUCGAAGACCUUCUCUGAGCUUGCAAAGUUGUGCGUCGCAGAAAACGCCUUUGCAGUAGAUGUCGCCCGAGUCAAGGAUCUCCAAGAUACCCAAGAGACGUUGGCGAGUAUCAUGAGCCUACAGACCAAGAUCAUGGAAGAGCAGGCGGCGGUGAUGCUCUCAAGACAACAGGCUGCGGCGAUGCCCUCCAAACAGCAAGAGCAGGAAUCUCCUUCCGGUUUUCCGAAAUUUGGUCGACUCCCUAUUGAGAUCCGGAGACUUAUUUGGAAAAUGGCACUGCCAGGCAGUCGCGUUCUCGAGCAGGUGGACGGAGAAGCGGUGUAUCCCGAGCUCCGCAAAGGAUACAGACCUCCAGUAAUCCGAGCCGUCUGCAAAGAAGCCUGGGAGGUUACCGAAGAGAAUGGGCUAUUCGUCUACGGUCCGGAACUCACUGCGUCUGGGGGAACCUGGCUCAACCCGAAGCAGGACGUAUUCGUCAUCCGUGAUCCCGGAGCUAUCUGCCCGCUGGGACCGCUUCAGGACUGUCGUCUUGAAAUCAUCGCCGUUGACCGCCGAUACUUUGAACAAGACGGAAGUUUCGAACGUGUCUUGGAUUGUGCGCUAGAAGCUUACGGCUGCCGAAAGGUCAACGUCCUCUUGCGGACAGCCCCAAAUCUAAGACACAAGAAGGGAGUAGCGCCGAAGCUGUUCAGCCUUCAACCCGAAGAUGUGAUCUGGUCAGUUUACGCAGAUGACAAGCCACACGAACUCUAUGUCGAGGACGAAAUCACGUGGGAGGAUUUCAAGGAUGUGAUACAAGAUAGUUGGAAUGAUAUGAUUCGUAAAAGCGGAAGAAGUGAUAUAAUCAUGGAGUAUGGCGGCGUACCUAUCAUCGAGGGAAUGGAGCUGAUCAUGUGCAAAGAGGAGGAGACACCUUAUGGCUUCUGA